AUGGUAUUUAAAUCCAAGAAAUUUGAGGUAACCAAGAUGAAGAAAAUCACAAUUAAAAAAAAAAUAUAUAAGCCUCGUAGCAAACGCUCUGGGCUAAAUUUCCCUAUUGGAAAAGCACCUAAGAUUCUUCAUUUAGGCUAUUAUCCAAGACGGAUAAGACGUGAAUCAUUAGCGUACUUAAGAGCAGCUCUAGACUGUUUGACUGCAGAAAGUUUAAAUAGCAAAGUCGCAAAGGCAGUCAGACAAUGGUAG